CCAGCAGUUUUAGCUUAGCAAUGCCGUAAACGACACGCCCAGUCGCAAAGCUGGACGGUGACGUUUGCAAAUCUGAUGUUUGUGCUUUGUGGCUGUUGUUGGAAACGCCAUACUAUCAAACAACGAAACACAAGCUUAAUUCAGAAGAAAUGUCGACGUUAGGAUAUUAAAAAGACAAACUGCAAACGAUUGUCUCGGAUUAACGCUUACUGGCUUCAAACCUGCUACCUUGAGGCCUGUUGUGGGUGGAAAUCCCCGGACUGAACUGCGACUCCAGGCCGGUUUGAGAGGACAUGCCACCGGAGAGAAAGCUGUUCAUAGCUCGCCUUUCUUCGCGUAUUUUACCCAUAAAACUAGCGGCAAGUGCCUGAACUAAGACACGAAACUGUCUAACUGACAUGAAAGGGUGUUAAUUUAGAUCGAGGAGGUGAGGUUUAUUGAGUGUUAGCAGACGGUAACUUACUGAUAAACAGGUUAACAGGUAACGUUAGAGUAGCUCUUAUAGAAACGCGCAAGUGAUGAAUUAUAUAUUAAUAACUCGCAAACAGGAAGAUCUGAGCAGGUAAAUGUAUAGAUGUACAAAAUAAUGUUUUGUCAGCCAGGUUAAUUACUUAUUUAGCAAGAAAGUUACCUUGACUAAAGCUUUAUAUUUUAAAGUAAUUUGUAUGCAUACUGGAAGAUCAGAUUAUUUGUAUUAUUUACUCGGUAACAGCUUUAUUUAAACCAAACAGUUUUUUGUAUAUUUUGAGAGAGGUUAGGAUCUGUUUAUCUCACCACAAGUGUUACAAUCACCUGUAAGACCAGUGUGAGGUAAUACUGUUUUUUUCAUUCCACAAUCCUAAGAUAAGACACCAUCCCAAAGUUGCUUAUGUUGCAGAACCUCUCUUGAUGAGGUCACACUGCUUACAUGUUGGUGUCUGGGUGUCAUCUCCUGAUCGUGUCCCUCAUAUUUGACACAAGCUGCUGAUAUCAUUGGCUAGCCAUUUCUGGAGCGUUUACAGCUGAGGACUCAAAUCCAUCAGGAUGAACCGCUACCUGCCAGUGGCACGGCAGCACUUUCUGAGUGCACUCGCGAGCACGAGUGUAGUGGUCAAGUCAAUAUGUGCUACAGUGAUCCUGCUGUACCUGCUCUCUUGGGCUGCUAACACCCCUUACAUACUUGGUGUCACACCUGGCUUCCUUUUCCCACCAAACUUCUGGAUUUGGACUCUUCUGACCCAUGCCGUGGUGGAGCAACACAUUGUUGGCAUGGCGGUGAACAUUGCUACUGUGAUGGUUGCUGGACGACUUUUGGAGCCAUUGUGGGGAGCACUGGAGCUGCUGAUCUUCUUCGCUGCAGUAAACGUAGCAGCUGGUCUCCUAUCCGCUCUGUCUUAUCUUCUCACCUAUGCUGCGACCUUUGACCUGGACUACCUGUUUGCCGUACGGGUGUAUGGCACGCCUGCUUUUCUGGGGGGUGUUCUUGUAGCGCUGAAGCAGACUGCAGGAGAUACAACAGUGCUUCGAGUUCCUCAAGUACGCCUAAAAGCCGCCCCAGCACUAGCUUUGCUAGCAAUAGCCAUCCUGCGGCUAGCAGGGCUGCUGGACACUUCAGCUCCGCUAGCAGCAUGCGGGUAUGGUGCCCUGUCCGGGUGGGUUUACCUGCGCUUCUACCAGAGGCACCCUAGGGGGCGUGGAGACAUGUCAGACCACUUUGCCUUCGCCUCGUUCUUCCCAGAGGCGCUCCAGCCGGCAGUUGGCUUUGCAGCUGGGCUUGUGCACGCUGCCCUUGUGAAGAUGAAAGUUUGCCGUAAGAUGGUGAAGCGAUAUGAUGUCGGGGCUCCAUCCUCCAUCACCAUCAGCCUACCAGGCACAGACCCACAAGAUGCAGAAAGACGGAGGCAACUGGCAUUGAAAGCUCUGAAUGAGCGUCUGAAGCGUGUGGAAGACCAGUCGGCGUGGCCCAGCAUGGAAGAUGAGGAGGAUGAUGAAGAUGAGGAAGUGCGAACAGACACCCCUCUCCUUUCAAGCCGAGAGACUUUGCCACCAGCACCAAGCACCACACAAAAUCCUACAGGACAACAGGAGUCCAGCAUCAUAAGUUUUGAAGAUGCUUCGACCCAUUCAUAACACCCACAGACAAAAACAAUCCUUCUUUUUGUCCCGCAGAGUUCACUUUACCCUUACAAUCACAAAUGCUACUGGAGACAUCUCACACACACACACACAAACACACACACACUAUCUUGGUUAUGUUUUACAUACACUACCGAGGAGUUGCCACAAAAUGAAUACAUUACCCAAACAAAAUGAAAAAGACAUCCAUACUCAGUUUUUCAGCUCUACAAAAAACCCUGGACUAGUCUGACAUAACAUUUGCAGUGCUCCAGUACUUUUGCUUUGUAAAAACAUUAUUUUCUCUCCCACUGGCCUCUUGUGUAAGGUUUUUUGGGAAGUACCAUUUCUGAAUAAAUGCUCUAAUGGUU